CUGGCCCUGGCCUCGACCGCUUCCGCAGCCAUCAAGGGUUUCAACUACGGCAGCACUUUCACAACCGGCGCAGCCAAGACGCAGUCGGACUUUGAGACGGAGUUCACGACCGCACAGAACCUGGCCGGCACGUCUGGCUUCACCUCGGCCCGUCUCUACACCAUGGUGCAAGGUGGAACUACCAACUCUCCCAUCGAGGCCAUUCCCGCUGCCAUCAAGACUAAGACUUCCCUCCUGCUUGGUCUCUGGUCAUCCGGCGACACAUUCGACAACGAGAUCGCGGCGCUUAAGUCGGCCAUUGAGACGUACGGAGACGACUUUGCAUCCCUGGUGGACGGCAUUUCGGUGGGCAGCGAGGAUCUCUACCGCAAUUCCCCCACAGGCAUCGCGGCGGGGUCGUAUGUGGGCGCCGACCCCGACACCAUUGUCGACUACAUCAACCAAGUUAAGGAGGUCAUUGCGGGCACUUCCUUGAGCGGAGCAGCCAUUGGCCACGUCGACACUUGGACUGCGUGGGUCAACGGAUCCAACGCGGGUGUGGUUGAGGCCUGUGACUGGAUCGGCUUCGACGGCUACCCGUAUUUCGAGGACACGGUCGCCAACGACAUCAGCCAGGGCGCCAUCCGCUUCGACGAGGGCGUGGCCAAGACCCAGGCUGCGGUCGGUGACAAGCCCAUCUGGAUCACCGAGACUGGCUGGCCCGUUAGCGGCGACCAGGUUGGUGAUGGUGUCGCUUCGCUCGAGAACGCCAAGACGUUCUGGGACGAGGUCGGAUGCGCAAAGCUCUUUGACCAGGUCAACACCUGGUGGUACGUGCUUCAAGACGCUGCCCCCCAGACGCCCAGCCCCAGCUUUGGUAUCGUGACCGAUCUGAGCACUACGCCCCUGUACGACUUGUCCUGCGACAACGUCACUGUUGCUUCUUCUUCCUCUGCCGCCUCGGGCAAGGGUUCCUCCACCAAGACGGUCAGCAGCAGCACCAAGGCCACUGGGAGCGCUGUCGCCACUGCUACUGGUGCUGCCUACAGUACCGGUUCCGGUUCCAGCUCCAACAGCACCGGCUCCGGCUCCGGUUCUGGCUCUUCCGGUUCUUCGGCUGGCUCGUCCUCCAACUCGACCUACACCACCUCCUCGCCCAGCUCUACCACCGACUCUUCCUCGGGCGCCACCUCGAGCUCCAGCUCCACCGCCGUCCCUGUCAACUCCGCCUCAGGCCUGCAAUCCGCUUCCUUCGGAGCGUUG